UAUUAAAUAUUAAGUAUAUUAAAUAUUAAAUAUAAUUAUUAAUUAUUACUAUUACUAAUUUUUUAUAUAUUCAAAGGUGGAGUAGUUUAAGUGGAAAAUUCAAACCAUAAGGCCAGCCUUUUAUUAGCGAGUCAUCGUAAAGUUAAUAUAUUUAUUAUAUAUAUAUAUAUAUAUAUUCCUAUAACGGAUAAAUUAUAGAUUACCAUAUAAAUUCAAAUUGUGGAGGUGAAGUGGGAAGAAUUAAAAUUACUUUCUAAUUCUGAAUCUAAUUCUAAUUGUAAUUCUAACUCCAAUUACAGUUCUAAUUAUAAUACUAAUUAUACAUUAUGUCAGAUAGUGGAAUAGUUAAAAAACGAAAUAAAGCUACAUUAGUAUGUACUAAUUGCAAAAAGAAAAAGAUUAAAUGUAAUCGUCGACAGCCAUGUUCAUCAUGUGUACGACUGAAUGUUGGAUAUUCAUGUGUUUAUGAGACUAAAUGGAGACCAGUAUCAUUUGAUAUAAGUGAAUCAAAUUCAAUGCAUCAAACUAUAUCAGAUUCAAAUCCUACAACCACCGAUAUAAAUUCAAAUUCAAAUUCAAAGUCAAAUUCAAAUUCAAAUAAUCCAUUUCAAGAUGAAUUAUUUCAAUUAAGAAAAAAAUUAAAUGAUUUAGAAGCUUCUCUAAUAUCUGGUAAAGCAGGUUCGAAUAUAAUAAUUGAUGAUAAUUCAACUCCUAAUUCUUCAACAAUUGUUAGUGAUCCAUCAAUUUCUUCAGAAAUUACUAAUAAUAAUACUCCAAAUUAUAAUAAAUUGAGUGUAUGGGAUUCAGGUACUCAUUCAAUAGCGGUAUGGGUAACUCAAAGACCUUCUAAUAUUCCAAAUCCAAUUGUUCCUGAUGAUGAAAUAAUUAAUUUUUAUGAAGGUUAUACUCCAAUACAAGUAAGAGGUAAUGUACGACGAAUUAAUUAUGGACCAUUAGCUUGGCCAGCAUUAAUAAGAAAGGAUACAUGGUUAAAUGUUAUGUGGAAAUUUGCUGAUGGUCAAAGUAUAUCUGAAUGUAUUAUAGGUCAAAGAACUCCUCAAAUGUCUCUUGAAAAUAUGAAAGUAUAUACGGCUCCAAAUCCUGCUAAUGAUUCAUCUCCAGAAAUGUUUAAAAAGAAAACUUUAGAAAAUGAUGGAUAUAAUGAAAUGGUUCCAUAUAAAACUUUAGCAAAAGCUGUUGGAACAAAAUCAAUUUCUAGUUCAGUUAAUGUUAGUACUGCAGCCUUAGCAAAAUCUUUAUUUGAAGGUAGAUUUAAUCCUGAAUUACAACUUAUUGAAAAGAUUAAAAGAAUAAUGCCAAAAAAGAAAGUUAUAUGGAGUUUAAUUGAUCAAUUUUUUAGUAUAUUAUAUGGACAUUUUCCAUUUAUUGAUGAAAUAGAUUUUAAAAAGGAAUUAUCAAAAAUUAUUGGACCUGUAAGUUAUGAAGAUGAACCAUUAGGAAAAGUUAAAAUUGAACGGAAAAUGGAUUUAGCUCAUAUAUCAAUUUGUUUAAUAAUAUUAAGAAUGAGUUAUAUUUCAUUAUUUAAUAAUAGAAAUUGUAUUAAUGCAAAUAUAAUGGAUUCAUCAGAAGAUAGUAUUGAAAAAUAUUUAUUUGCAAAUCCAAUAAAUUUAGCAGUUAUAGAAGUGGCAACUUCAUGUAUUGAAUGUUUCCAAUUUUCAAGAAAAUCUAAUUUAACAGUUUUCCAAGCAAUAUUCUUUAUGAGAUUAUAUAGAAUUCAUGCACCUGAAGAAGGUGAUGGAGUUGAUGGAGGAGAUUCACAAGUUGCAACAGCAAUGUUAAUUCAAAUGGCAUUUUCUUUAGGAUUAAAUCGUGAACCUGAUAAAUUUGAAAUUUUUAAUGAUGAAAGAGCUAAUCAUUUAGGUAGAAAAAUGUGGCAUUUUUUAGUAAGAUCAGAUUUAAUUCAUUGUUAUAGUGUUGGAAAUCCAACAACUAUUGAUAUGAGACAUUUUGAUGUUAAAAGUCCAUUCCUUAAUGAAAAAAAUAGUAAUGUAUCAGAUAUUGAUAUGGAAAAUGCUGUAGUAGAAACUUUUUCAUAUUUAAAGGAUAAAUUAUUCCCAUUGAAAACUCUUCUUGAUAUGGUUUUAGAUAUUAAUAAUGGAAGUUCUAUAAAUAAAUUACUUAUAUCUUUACAUGAUAUGGAGAAAACUCUUACAGAAACAUUUUAUAUUUUAGAGAAUGAUCAAUCAAAUCAAUCAAAUCAAAUAAAUCAAUCACAAGAUAAAUAUUCUCAUUUCUUUGAUGUGGUUAAAUCUAAAAUAUUUAUUUCAGUUAAAAUUUCAUUAAGUACAUUAUAUUAUCAUGUUUAUUUACAUUAUGAAAAGACUUAUAAUAGUGAAUUAUCUUACUUUUAUAUUAAAAAGAUGUAUCUUAUAAUUCUUCAUGAUAUUGCUCCAUUUAUUUUUGAAAUACUUUAUGGUAGAUUUAGUAGUGAUGGACUUAUACUUAAUCCAACGCUUGAAAUGGCAUUACAUAAAAUUAAUCAAAUUAAUUUAUCAACUUUUGCUAGAGUUAAUUAUAUGAAAGUUACUAUGGAAAAUAAACCUGAUCAUGCAGCAAAAUUAGUUUCAGAUCCUCAAUAUCGACUUAAUUAUCGAAGAUUUGUUAGUUUAUCAAGUAUUGUAAAAAAAUGUGGAGAUUUAAUAACUAUGGUAUUUGAAAAAUUUUCAACUAGAUAUUAUUAUGCUUGGAGAGUUUAUAAAGCUCAUAGUACAUUAUUCAAUUAUUUAGCUAGUACAAGUUUUUAUACUAAUAAUAUUCCUGGUUUAAAGAAAAUUUGUGCAUUUCAAUAUUCUUCAAGUCAAUUAGAUGAAAUAGAUGGAGUAAUUCAUGCAUUAGCUAAAUCGGUUUCUAAGAGUGUUUUGUAUGAAGAUAAAAUUGAAAAGGUUCCUAUUGCCCCUGUUGCCCCUAUUUAUACAUCAAAACAAAAGCAUGAUUCUCCUCCUUCUUUAUUUAAUGUCACUCCUGCUAUAAAAACUUCAGGUAAUAAUUCUGUAGCAAUGACUUCAACUACAGAAAAAUCUCCUUCAAAUAGUAUUAAGACGGAAAUAAUUACUCCUCAUUCUUCAAUUGGAUCUCCACCACAAGAUGCUUCUAAAACAAGUCAUGAAUAUAUUGAUCAAAUGUGGCUUCUGAUGAUGGUAAUGAAAUUUGAUUCAUCUGAUCAAUAUGGAAGCUUUACCAAUUCUGAUAAUGCUAUUUAUGGAGAUAUUGCUCCAAAUUCAGGUGCUUCAUCUGUGUAUGGAAAUGGAUCUAAUUCGAAUGGAAAUAUACCCUUUACUGGUGGGGUUAAUAAUAAUAAUGGAACCGCGAUCAUUAUUUGCCUUUCUUUUUUUUUCCUAUGAUAGCGAUGCAGGAUGCCUUACU